AUUUUUAAUAAGCUUGAGAGAGAGGGAGGCCAUCGUGAUAAGAGUAAGAGAGAACCCUAUAGAGAGAGAGAGACAGAGAGAUAGAGUGGAUGUCUUAUAGAAUGAACAAAACAUCCUCUGUUUCUCUUGUCCUUGUCCCUUUUUCCAGAUCUUAAGGUUUUCCACAUUUUAUCAUCUGGGUCCUCUCCACAAUGGAGCAAAAGAUGGAAUCUGUAUCGGAUCUGGGCAAGCUCUUCAUUGGCGGGAUUUCAUGGGACACAGACGAGGAACGACUGCGAGAGUAUUUUAGCAAGUAUGGAGAUUUGGUUGAAGCUGUGAUCAUGAGAGACCGUACUACAGGACGUGCCCGUGGCUUUGGGUUCAUCGUCUUUGCAGAUCCUUCUGUUGCAGAGAGAGUGAUCAUGGAGAAACACAUCAUCGAUGGCCGCACGGUCGAGGCGAAGAAAGCUGUACCACGGGAUGAUCAGCAAGUGCUAAAACGACACGCAAGUCCAAUGCACCUCAUCUCACCUAGCCAUGGUGGUAAUGGUGGCAGCGGGAGGACAAAGAAGAUCUUCGUUGGAGGUUUACCGUCUAGCAUUACCGAGGCCGAGUUCAAGAACUACUUUGAUCAGUUCGGUACAAUUGCUGAUGUUGUGGUAAUGUAUGAUCAUAAUACACAGAGGCCAAGAGGCUUUGGCUUCAUCACUUUUGAUUCUGAAGAGUCUGUUGAUAUGGUUCUUCACAAGACCUUCCACGAGCUAAACGGCAAAAUGGUUGAGGUUAAAAGAGCUGUGCCAAAGGAGCCCGCUUCAGCUCCUGCUAACCGAAGCCCGCUUCUUGGGUAUGGUAAUAACUAUGGAGUAGUCUCUAAUAGGUCAUCUGCUAAUAGCUACUUCAAUAGUUUUGCUCCUGGUUAUAAUAACAACAAUAACUUAGGCUCUGCUGGCCGGUUUAGUCCUAUUGGUAGCGGAAGAAAUGCUUUCUCUAGCUUUGGGCUCGGUUUGAAUCAAGAACUAAGUUUGAAUUCAAGCUUUGAUGGAAACACUCUUGGUUAUAGCCGGAUCCCAGGCAACCAAUACUUCAACAGUGCUUCUCCAAACCGUUACAACUCUCCUAUCGGAUACAAUAGAGGAGACUCUGCUUACAAUCCAAGCAACAGAGACUUGUGGGGAAACAGAACUGAUUCUUCUGGUCCAGGGUGGAACUUGGGAGUAUCUGUUGGUAACAACAGAGGAAACUGGGGACUUUCUUCUGUGGCGAGCGAUACCAAUGGCUAUGGAAGAAACUUUGGGACGGGUUCUGGACUUCCUGGUUUGUCAUUCUCGGGUAAUACAAACGGUUUUGAUGGCUCUUUAGGGGAAUUGUACAGAAGCAACAACUCGGUUUAUAGCGACUCAACGUGGCAGCAGUCAAUGCCUCAUCAGUCUUCUAAUGAGUUAGACGGCUUGUCUCGCUCUUAUGGCUUUGGUAUUGACAAUGUAGGCUCAGACCCAUCUGGUAAUGCCUCUGAAGGUUACCCUGGAAGUUACAGUGUUGGGAACAGACAAACAAAUAGAGGUAUUGAAGCAUAGAAAAAACAAAAUUCGACGAAGAAAAGUGAGAUUUGUAGAUCAAGAACAAGCCAUUUCCGUUGCAGAGUUUGAAGAGUUGUUUAUUGGAUAUCAUCAAAAGUAGAGAAAGAAAACCAACUUUCUUCAUCACAGUGAGUUUAUGUUUUUUUUUUGGUUUUUCUUCUUCUUCUUCGUUAGCAUCACAAACACAAAAAAGGGUUUUCUUCUUUUUAAUUCUUACAUAAGAUAAGAUCAGAUUGGUAGCUGCAAAGAUACAACAUGGAUGAUAAAAGAUUUGGUUUUCUGCGUUCGUCUCCAUAGCAAUAACCAGAGAUCGUUGAUUCUCGAUCAUCAUUCUUUAGGCUUUCUCUUCUUCCCCCAAGAUUCUUGAUGUUGUGUGCUCUGUUUGUAAUUCUAAUUGUUAAAUUUUUUUUGUUUCUUACAGAUUUUUUGUUUGGUUUAAACUUUCAAUUCGAAUUGUUCAUGAGAACUUUUGAUUUUUCUAUUAGCGUGUGAGAAAACAUUGUGCAAAAGGCUCCAAAAUGAUUAUUUUGUUGCA